CCGAACGAAGGAAGAUACGAGCGCUGUGCGUGGCGCCGGUGGGGGGCAACACGUGUGUGCUGUGGUGACGGUUUACGGCACGGACCUGGCAUACGACGACAUGGUGAGCGCCAUCGAGGCCGAGUCCACGGAGCCGCCGCAGCGCUUCAGUCUGACCGCCAUCGAGAUCAAGCGGCCGACGGCACUGAAGGCGACCACCAAGACCAGCCUUGGCAACACGUACGGCAAGGCCGGCAAGGGCAGGCGGCUGUCCAAGGCGACCAAGGCCGCCGUUUCGGCGGCCAAGAAGGGCAAGCCGCGCUUCAAGGCGACCAAGGCCGCCAUUUCGGCGGCCAAGACCACCUGCAACUGCGGCAAGUGCAGAACCUGCAAGAAGCGGAAGAUGAUGAAGUACCGGGCCAAGAAGGCGGCUUCCAAGGGUGGUCCUGCCUAAGGUCGCUUCUAGAAGUGGACUCCUCCCACCAAAACCGGUGUUUAUCAACACCACCCAUUACGGGCAUCGUGUUUGGAGAUAUGGGACUGCGGAACCCAGUUAGUUUGGGCUGGUAUCACCCCCCUAGUCCUGUCCCCUCAACAAGCCCCCACGACGAGCCCCUGUUGGGCCUGCCCGCCCGGUCUCCCUGUGUCCACUUAGGGCUGGCACCAAAUAGUUCCCAGCAUCCCUGGCCUUGCAAUGGUGCGCGAUUGGAGAGGGGGGAGGGGCAAGCCGGGGUACUGUGUAGCGGUGUGCGUUUAAUUAAGAAUUGGGGAUUUCAAGGCAAUACUGGAGGUGACGACCCCGGCAAUGUCCGGACGAUGAGGACGUUCGGGCCUCAGACUAUGAGGUGGCUCGGCCCCAUGAACGGGAAAUCAUCACGUUCCUCCAAUUGCCAAUACUUUGUGUGGAAUGCUAAAUUUAUAUC